GUUUGACCUUCAAGUGCUCGCAACCCCCAUCAGUGGACGAUACCCUAGGAGCGUUGCCACGUUUACACCGUGCCCCGAUGAAUUAUCGAGUGGCCAUUUUUACUUUUUCUUGACUAAUUUCGAGAGUUUAGUAUUAUGUAGCUGGAUGUUUCAUAUAAACCACUGGUAUUUUGUAAUUUCAACAUUGAAAACAUAAGAUAAAUCAUAUUAUAUAAAUCAUACUCAAUGUUUCCAUCCUUAUCAAAGUUGUAUCAUGUUACAUCAGAAUGGUCAGAUUCUGAAUUAAGUUUAUUACUGAGUGCGUUAAAAAGAGAUCGUUCAUUUUCAACACGUGAAUUGGCAGAAUUCAUACAGACAAAAAAGAAAACAGAGAUUAGAGAACUUAUAGCUUGCCUUAUGGAUGUGGAUGAGAAGAAUUUACAGGAUCCACAAAUUACUGUGUCGGAAGUUAAACCUGAAGGAUCAAUUGAUAUUUUAUUACAAAUAACUAGACACAGUUGUACUGAAUACUAUAAUUAUAGUAUGGCAUUAAAUGAAGUUCUCCAGCGAGCUUCUACGUGGGAAAGUGUAGAAUGUCGUAAAAUCAAUAAAAGAGAUCCAGACCCUAUAUAUUUACCUUAUGCACAGGUUUAUCGGUUUUUUUCUUCGUUGGUUUGUGGACAACCAUUACCAAAUCUAUCUGACUUGUCGUCUGGCGCCUUUCUAGAUCUUUUAACAUGUUUAGACAGAAUUUUAAACUUUGUCAAUACUAGCAAGAAAAGUGAAAAUCCUAAUCAGAAUUCCCAUUCAUUAAUUGAACAACUUCAAAAUGCGAAUAAAAUCGCUACUGAAAAAAUAGGUGUAUUUUUAGCAUUGGCCGCUGCUAUUCAAUUGAAUUCACGUUUAUGUUCACGACGUGGAUGUGAUAUUACAGAAAACUUUGAUGAACACUGUAUUGCUCCACUGUUUUUAUUAUCUAAAGUGAAGCAUCCUAAUACACUAAAACAAACUCGUGAAAUGGUCGAAUAUCUAAUUAAUCGAUUUGCGAAAUUAUGGUCAUUGCCGAAAUUCCCAUGUCCACAAAAUGGUUCAUUUGCUUCUGAAGGAGAAUUAAAUAUUCAGUCGACUGAUUUACCAGAUGCCUUAUUCAAACGUCUUAGUAUGUUUUCACUGAAUCCAUUUUCAUUCCCAAUGGAAGUGAUGUCUCCUUUUCAAAAAAUCUUAGAUGAUUUUCGACAUAUGUGUUCAAGCAGGUUCAGUUAUUUAAAUCGCUUCAAAUCAAUUUUAUCCAUUUCUUUACCGAUCGGACUUCAACAUUCUGUCAAACGAUCCACACCAUCACAACCUAUAAAAGUUGUUAACCAAUGGAAAAAGCGUCGAAUUGAAAAGUCAUCGACUAAGAGUCGACCAAUAUUACGUCAUAAAGCGUUGGAGAGUUCUGUACCUUUGAAUAAUUUGACAACAUUGAGUUUUGAUGAAAAUACAAAUCAAGUUAGCAGCAAUGCAUGUAGUGAUGAGAAAACUGAUUUGAAAGUCAACCUAACAUCACGUCGCUUUGUAAACUGGUGUCCAGGAACACAUUUCAUUCGUGUUUCAGAUCCAGCAGAAGAUGAAGCUGUCAAGAUGCUUAUGAAUACGCAUAUUCAAGUGAAAACAAAAAGCACGAGAAAAUUGAUAUAAGAAAAAAUUGAAAACAUGUACUUUGUUUUACCGAGAAAAAAUAUUUUAAAUACAGAAUAAAUCAAAGAUCAUUGAUUACUGUACUUGUUUGUGUGCCCGGGUUGGGGAGGUGUAUAUUGAUUGUAUAUGCAAAAUAAUACUCUAACAGUGAUAUUCUUUUUAAAAUGUUGGGUUGUUAGAAACAGUAAAUAUCAUUAGUGAGUACAAACAAAAUGUUCCAAACGUGAAGUUGCGGGAUUCUUCCAAAAAAUACCAAGUGAUGAUUUUUACAUAUCUAGACAAUGUGAAUUAGUAGUGUAUGUCCAAAUUAACUAACUGGCAAUCGGAUAAUCAUGAUGAUGAUGCUGGAACUAAUGAUUGACUUGGUGAUGGUCGAAAAUUUAGCAGUUGUUUGCCAACUAAAUAUCUAAAAAUUUAUUUUUUUUUAAAAUUUGAAGAUUUUCAUGUAUAGAGCUUAAAAUGAGCUUCAAAAAAGGGAUCUAUGCACGUUUACAUAUUUCAUGUGUGUAAUAGGUUUAAACUUCAAUCUAUUUUGUCAUUGAAUAAAACUAAAGAGAACGACGAAAUCAACAUCAAUUUCGUCUUCAUAUCUGUCAAGUGAACAACUAUGUCAUAUUUUUGACUCGUAAAUUAUUUUCAUCCUGCUACUGUUCUCUAACCUCUUUGAUAAUGGAUGUAUAGCUAAAUUAAAUAAUUUCGUCCUUCAUUGAAAUUUCUUCAUUUGAAAUCUGUUCAGUUUUUAGUUAUGAUAGUACAUUAAAGAUGAAACGAAAAAAUUAAUAAAAUCCAUACACACGUUCAGUUCGAGAAUUUAAUCAAACAAUCAAAGUUUUAAUCCAGUCUUUGACCAAGAAUUUCAACGUUUCAAAUCUACUCGUCUCGAUAGCUGCAACCAAUAUAUUAGCACAAAAGUAACAGACAAAAGUCUUCUAACGAAAGAACAUAGAAAUCAGCUAAAACUACUUAGAACUAAUAAAGACUUGAUUAUAACACGUCCAGUUGAAGGCGCUGGUUUAGUGCUGCUAGACCGAAAUAAUUAUGUUGAGAAAAUGACAGCGUUAUUAUCAGAUGAUACCAAAUUCUCAAAACCAAUCAAUGAGAAAAACAAGACUGAUGUCUUAUAACUUUUUUAUUUUUCUCUCCUUCUUUUACAGCCAGCUUUCCCUUAAAUUCUCUACCCCCAUCUGGUUCAUUUUGUUUCCACGAUCAUCUUCAUUACAUUUAAUCUCAAUUUAUUUCAUCACGCUGAGCUAUCCGUUUCCCUAUCUAUCUUUUGAUGAAUACUUAUGCCAUUAACAAUCAAGCGAUUAUUAAACUUUCCUUGUUUUUAAUUUUUUUUAAAAAUAACUUUGUUUAUUUAACCUCACUGUCAACAUGCGUAACAGAAGGUUAGUAUCAGUAUAAUUAUAAUCCUGUAAAAAUAAGUAUAGAUAUGUGCGACUGUACAGCUUUGAAAAUGAAUUCGCCGAAAAGAGAACUCUUUGCUAAACUAAUCUUUUUUUCUUAAUGUCUUAAUGGGUGUAUUCCGUUUAUUCAAAAGUAUCGUAUUGUAUUUAUGCGUUCGAUGGUUGCAGUCAUCUUGACUUGUUUGGCUUUCAUCUAUUCAGUUACCAUCUAAUCAAGGCUGU